GCAGAAUGCGACACAGGAAGUUGCGCAUUACGACUGCUGGUGAAGUGUUGCCAUAACAGGCAAGUGGCUAACGCUAAUGUUUGCUAACUAAUUAGCACGAUAGGUGUCAGUGUUGUGUGUGUGAGAGUUCCAGUCCGAACCAUGGAACAGUGUGCAUGUGUCGAGCGGGAGCUGGAGAAAGUGCUCCAUCGCUUUGUAAUGUACGGACACCAGUCUGAGGAGAGGCUAGAUGAGCUCCUGCGCAGUGUCUGUGAAAUACGAGGACAGCUAGUUGCCUUUGGAGUACAAGAUGCAGACUUAUCAGUCUUAUCUCAGACUAUGGCCCAGUGUUGUAAGAAUAUCAAAGAAACAGUGCAGAUGCUAGCCUCUCGACAUAAGGACAUCCAUGGCAGUGUAUCAAAAGUGGGCAAAGCCAUUGACAGAAAUUUUGAUGCAGAAAUCAGUGCUGUGGUGGCAGAGACAGUGUGGGACACACCAGAGAGACAGAAAUACUUAAGUGAGACCAUUGUGGAGCACCUGUACAGACAAGGAAUGCUCAGUGUAGCAGAGGAUCUGUGUCAGGAGUCUGGUGUAGUUAUAGAUAUGAGUAUGAAGCAGCCUUUUCUGGAGCUGAACAGGAUCCUUGAAGCUCUGAGGAUGCAGGACCUCAGGCCGGCACUAGAGUGGGCCGUGACGAAUCGGCAGCGCCUUCUCGACCUGAACAGCAGUUUAGAGUUCAAGCUGCACCGCUUGUACUUCAUCAGUCUGCUCAGUGGAGGAAUCAGCAACCAAAUGGAGGCCCUGCAGUAUGCCAGACAUUUUCAGCCCUUCGCCUCUCAGCACCAGAGAGAUAUCCAGAUCCUGAUGGGCAGUCUGGUGUAUCUGCGUCAUGGCAUUGAGAACUCUCCGUACCGCAGUCUGCUCGAGACAAAUCAGUGGGCAGAGAUCUGUAACAUUUUCACCAGAGAUGCCUGCGCUUUACUGGGCCUCUCUGUAGAGUCUCCACUAAGUGUUAGUUUUGCAUCAGGCUGUAUGGCUUUACCAGUGCUGAUGAACAUCAAGCAGGUCAUAGAGCAGAGACAGUGCAGCGGAGUCUGGACACACAAAGAUGAGCUACCUAUUGAAAUUGACCUUGGAAAGAAGUGCUGGUACCACUCUGUGUUCGCCUGCCCGAUUCUUCGGCAGCAGACCUCAGAGAGCAACCCUCCCAUGAAGCUCAUCUGUGGCCACGUCAUCUCCAGAGACGCCCUCAACAAGCUGACCAAUGCUGGAAAGUUGAAAUGCCCGUACUGCCCCAUGGAGCAGAAUCCGUCACAUGCCAAGCAGAUCUACUUUUGAUACCGCACACUCACCUCAUGAGUAAGGAUGAAGUUCCCUGGAGCUCUUUGCAUUUCCAGGACCAUUUGCUCUGGCCCUUUUCCUCUGUCCCUGGCCUCUUGGCCUGUUAUUGUAAGCAUUAAGGUUUUAUCCCAGUGCUCCUCUGGACAGCCUUGGCCAUCCCGUAACCCACCUCGGACCCUCCAACUUUGCGUAGUACACAGAGUCCUGCGGAGAUGGUCCAACUACAACUUGUAGUAGAGUGAGGAGUCUGUCAAUAAAGAGAACAUCUUCACGAAGAAGCACCUCUGAAAAAGGAUCAUUCAUUGAAACUCAUUUGCAAAUACCUGCAGAGUUAUAGGCUUAUCUUUUAAAAAAUGUAAUACUUUAUAGUGUUUGUUUUCUCAGUUUUAUCAACUGCUUGAGUUGGAUGACUGCUUCUUUUUUCUUUUUCUUUUUUUGACAGAAGCAGUUAAAUGAUUAUGGAUGGGUGAGUGUUGGUAAAUGGCAUAGAUAGGCAGUUUUUGACUUCUGGAUGGUAAUAAACUUCUAUUAUACCUGACAAAAACCACAGAGUAAGAAACUGUGUAGUAGGUUUAUUAUUUGCUGGUGAGGGGAACUGUGGAGGUGUGUCUUGAAUUGAACUCUUUGAUUGUGACCCAUUACUCCUCCAUAAUGUAAUAAAGGCCUCACGUAGCUUGAAAGUCACUGUUGGCUGAUGUAUCCAUUUGAUCAGUAGAACAAUUAACUAACUCAUCAAUGGUGGAACAGCUAUUUUUGUGACUGACUGCACCAGCAAGAUUUUCAUCAUUAUAGAAGCCAUUUGUCUUGUUCUAUGUAUGUAUUUAACAAACAACGACAAAAAGGAAACUAAAAAUAUAUACUACUGUGAAAUGUGCUUUGUUUCUAUUUUUCAUCGCAACCGCCAGAACGGCUCAUGUAAAAUAGUAAAUUAAACUGAAGAGCAACAUGCAUAAUCAACACUACUGCGUAACUUUCAGAACUAACAACUCAACAGUUCGCAUCACGGUUGUGCCAUCGCCUCACUCUGUCCUGCAUUGUGUUUCCUAAGCUUGCACGCCAUGUGAUUUGGAGAUGUGAAGUGGUGUGACGGUAGCCGUAUGGUCUGACUUGCAGUGACUGUAGGCUUGUGAUUCAGCUUUACUCGUCGUGAGUGGGAGGGAGUCCUCUGAUCAUUGUGGCUGUUGUUUAAUAUAUAACUUAGAAAAUGCCUCUGCUGCAAUAGGUUUGGCUUUUAUUUUAAAUCGACUCAGAAUAGAAACAUUAAAAUCCAUACAUUUCCUCAGGGCUCAUUGUAACGGUUCAUACCACACCUUGCAGUUAGUAUUAAAAGUUGUACAUUUUAUAUAAGGAGUCUUGAACAAAGAUUACACAUAUUUCAUUAUUGAGGCUGAUAGUUUGGGUGUUGCAGGAGUUUGUGUAUAUUAUUCAACUGGUGAUGUGUACACAUACACUUGGGGAAAGCGUGUCACAAACUCCAAGCCAUUUGGAUGUACAAUACAAUAUGUUUAGGUGAUGAAUACUAAUAGUGCAAGUUCCCGGUGUCCUCUUGAAAAUGGUGAUGUCACCUCACGCUCGAGUGAGGCUAAUUUGUUCAGCAAGCACUGCACCAGCAUAGCUCACACUGACAAUGCAACAUUACCCUCAGUUUGAAGUCAGAGUUUCAGAUAAACAUUUAUUUUGGGUUCAUUUGGAAUGGGUUAAAGCACAUGUUUUGUGUGGACUUUCACUGAAUUUCUUCUGUUUUUCUUUGGUUGACAAUCAUUCAUUGCUUCUUUGAGUGUUCCUUCAGAUAGACUGCUAGCGCUCCGUACUUCUGUUGUAUUAAUUUUGUUGAAUGUUUGCAUUUCCUGCUUUUGUGUGUUAUGCAACCUUUAUUGUAAAUAUUUAUCCUCUAACAUGUUUCAUAUACUUGCAUCUGAAAUUCAAAUAAAAAUUUAUACUCCA